AUUGGCAAAUGUAAUAUGUUGAGCAAUUUACAUGGAAAAUGCUUAAACAAAUCUGAGUUCCACAAUUACACCCCAUUUUAUAAAAUUCCCUGCAUAUGUCCAUGCCAACUUUUAUUUAUAAAUACUACGUAGGAGUUUUAUUUUUUCCGAAUCUUAGCAAAAUUGCUAUUUGUAUAUUCUAUGUAUUUGUUUUGGAGAAGAGAAGACUGCUCGACUUAAUUGAAUUAGCGGUUUCAUGCAGCUUACUUUAAAAAGAAAAAAAAAAGUUGGAAUAUUUAAUUCACAUAGACGAUAUGUCGGGAAUUAAGAUAAAAAGUAGGUUAAUUAUGGAAUUUUGGUUUCUUUUAACAGUUUUCAUGGAAACAAUAGUAAUAUCUAAUAAUUAUGGAGAACUACAAGUUAUACUUGAUUAGUCUUGACUCAUUUAAACCUCAAUCUAUCACCAACUAAAUUUUUACCACAAGUUAAAUUAGUUGGUACUAACAUGCAAGAGCGAGUCAAAAGCAUUGUCACUCAUCUAACGACCUUUGCGUGACAAAAUAUACACCUCCUAAUUCUUAACUUACCUCCAAAAAAAAAAAUAAAAAAAAAAAAUAAAAUAAAAAAAAUUGUAUUUGCCAAAGAAAGAGUAUCAGAAAGAUGAAAAGUAAAAGCAAAAAAUAAAAAAAGCUCAUCAUCAUUCAUCAUAUUACACCCCACAAUUCCAUAAUUUCCUCACUCCUUUAUACUUACUUUUAUUUACUCUCAUUUCUUGUCAUUUCUUUACCGUUACAUAUUCUCCUGCCCAAAAAACUCAACUAUCACAAAAAUUAUACUAGCUUAGCCUUAGAGUAAUUAGUGGUAGUAGAUAUGGGAGGGAAAAAGAAGAAGAGGCAAGAAACUACGUCGGCGGCGCCGUUGUCGUCAUCGUCGUCGUUAAGGUCUUCCUCCUAUCGCCGAGACUCCGGUUCUCCGGCGACAUCAACCACCAAUGUUGGGUGUAUGUCCGGGAUUUUUCAUCUCAUGUCUAAGUACCAUACUCGCCGCAAAUUCCUCACUUUUGGUAAAAAACAAGAACGUAAUAAUGCCGUUGUUCAAGCUCCCACAUCACCACCACCACCAACAAAAUCCGAAGACACCAUCAAAUGCCAACAACAAGAACAAGGCUCGUCGGGCGGAAGACUUUCGCUUGAUCAGACGCCGAGAAGCCCUGCGAUUCCGGCAGAGAUCCGACGAUCAUCAACAGACAGCUCGGUGAGCUCACCUAGGGUGGUGGCACGUUUAAUGGGACUUGAAGAUUUUCCGGCGAGAUAUCCGGCGCCGGCUACGGUGGUGUCUCCGUCGGCGGAGAAGAGGAGGAAGCUGCUGGGGGCGUUGGAGAAAUGCGAUGAGGACUUGCAGGCGUUGAAGAAGAUUAUCGAGGCGGUGCGCGCCACCCAAACGCCACCACAAGUGGUGGAGAUGAUUAGAGGAGAGGAGGCGGAGGAGGUUGAAAGUGAGGUGGGGAGUGAUGGGCCGAGUCCGGUAUCGGUGUUAGAUCACCGCCACUUGUCAUCUGGUUAUUACCAAAGAGCCCCUAAUGGCGAGCAUGAUAUUGUGGAGUAUGUCGGUAUCCCACGCCAAAGACGGCUUUUUAAUAAUGGCAAAACGAGCUUGAAGGACCCCAAAUGCGCGUUCAACGUCUUUCCUUGCAGCUUCCUGGUGUUUUGCGAAUAAACGAUCCUGACGAGUUUGUGGACUCGUAAUGGAUUUCACAAAAGAAGCCCAUCUAGGGUAGAUUCCAUCAGUAAGAUAAUACCCAUUCGUAUAAUGAUGACCAUUGACUACGAAGUUCACAGGAGGUGUUCGACCCUCUAAGAUGUCUUCGAACACAGGGGAUCGAUGAAGCACAUUAAUAUCGUUGCAGCUACCUGGCAUCCCAAAGAACGAAUGCCAUAUCCAUAGAUCUCUGUCCGCAACUGCCUCCAGUACGAGAGUUGCAACUCCUUCUCUUCCUUGAUACUGCCCCUUCCAUGCGUGUGGACAGUUCUUCCACUCCCAGUGCAUACAAUCAAUGCUGCCUAUCAUGCCAGGAAAUCCACGUUCUUCCCCAAUACGUAGCAAUCUUUCCAUAUCUGCGAUGUUUGGACGGCGUAGGUACUGAUCACCGAACAGGUUGAUGACACCUUCUGUAAACUUUUGGAGUGCCAAUCGUGAAGUUGCCUCACUUAUACGGACAUACUCAUCACAAGCGUCUGAAGCACACCCGUAAGCUAGUUGUCUAACGGCCGCAGUGCACUUUUGAAGUGGAGACAAACCAAGACGAUCUGCCGCAUCUCGCCUUUGUUGAAACCAGGGGUCAUGUUGGGUCACUGCGUUGAGAAGGCGCUCAAACACAUGUUUACGCAUUCGAAACCGGCGCCGGAACAAGGAACUUGGAUAAACUGGGACUUUCGCGAAAUAGUCAUUGUAUAACCGUGCAUGACCUUCUUCGCGUCCCCUAUCCUUUCAGGGCUCAGUAGAUUUGCGUCGACGUUGCUGAGUGGCAGCUUGAAUAAUUGGUGGAAUGUACUCAUGCAUUACGUGUUGUAUCAUAAGACACACUUCAUUACGUUGUUGAACUCUAAGCUCCCUUCCCUCAUCAUCCGAGUUAGAUGAAGAUGAAGAGGAAUCGGUUGAGCUUUCGUUUAAACUGUUUGAAUUCAUUUUGUACGUAAGAAAUGUAAGAUAGAGUGAGGUUUGCUAAUAGUAACUGCAAACGAUUUAUGUGUUUGUGUGUAAAAAAAAUGAAAGAAUGGUGUUUAUUUAUAGUGAACUAAUUUGUAAUUCUUCUUCAGAAAUAACUGAAUAUAAAGAGACAAAGAUCACAUGGGCUAUGACAAACAAUGAAUUACAACCACACAGAAAUUGAAUGGAGAAGAAGGGUUUCACAUGGGCUAUGACCAACACUGGAUUAGAACCACACAGAAAUUGAAUGGAGAAGAAGGGUUUCACAUGGGCUAACAAAGGGGAAAUUAAGAUACUGACACAAUUAUAUAUAAAGAGACAAAUUGAUAUAAUUGAAUAAACAGAAUAAGAUCACAUGGGCUAUGAAAAUGGGAAAUUUGGUGGAUUAUUUGGGAAACUUGACUGGGGUAUUUGAGGAUAAACUCCAGAAAAAUUAUGGGGAAUAUUUGUGGGUGUUUGUGAAAAAUUUGGGUGAAUUGGAGGAAAAUUGGCUUGAUUCGGGAUCAUAUUUUGACCCAAAUUUUUUUUCUUCUUUCUAUUUGUUUUGGGGUUGGUAUUAGCAUCCAUAAUUAUAAUUUAU